GUAGUUACUACUACAAGUCUUAGCUCAAAUACUCUAUCAAUCAAGCUAGUGCAGGAUCUACAUUGGUUUCCUAACACCUUGUUUGUGGAGCAGAAUUUUUGAAAAAUGUGGAUUUUUGGAAGGAAAGGGGAAUCAGGAUAUGGAGCAAAGUCAACGGCUGAAGAUGUUACUCAAGGAAUUGAUGGAACUGGUCUCACUGCCAUUGUUACAGGCGCUUCAAGUGGUAUUGGCUCGGAGACGGCACGAGUGCUUGCUUUGCGUGGUGUACAUGUGGUUAUGGCAGUAAGAAAUGCUGAAACCGGUAAACAAAUUAAAGAAACUAUAGUUGGUGAAAUACGUAAUGCUAAAGUUGAUGUUAUGGAGUUAGAUCUCAGCUCUCUUGCGUCCGUAAGAAAUUUUGCAGCUGCGUACUGUUCAUUGGGACUUCCUUUAAACAUUCUCAUCAACAAUGCAGGGGUCAUGGCUCCUCCUUUCACACUUUCAAAAGACAAAAUUGAAGUACAGUUCGCCACAAACCAUUUAGGUCACUUUCUUUUGACAAAUCUGCUACUCGAUACGAUGAAGAAUACUUCUUGCGAACACAAAAAAGAAGGAAGAAUAGUUAACGUGUCAUCCAUGGGUCAUCAAUUUGCAGACAAAGGAAUUGAAUUUGACAAAAUAAAUGAUGAAUCAAGUUACGGCCCCCUACACGCCUAUGGACAGUCGAAGCUGGCUAAUAUACUGCACGCCAAUGAGCUAGCAAGGCAAUUUAAGGAAGAGAAGGUGGGGUUAACUGCAAACUCUUUGCAUCCUGGUGCCAUUGCAACGAGCCUUUUACGUCAUCACAGCUUUCUUGAAGGUGUAAUGAAUUGGGUCGGUAAAUACUUUCUAAAAACAAUCCCACAGGGGGCAGCAACUACAUGUUAUGUGGCAUUGCACCCACAAGUGGAAGGGGUUAGUGGCGAGUAUUUCGCAGACAGUAACAAAGCAAAGCCGAGUUCUGUUGCUAAAGAUUCAGAAUUGGCAAAGAAACUGUGGGAUUUUAGUCUGGGCAUGGUGGCUCCAUAAUCAGAGAAUUAUCCAAGAAUUUGUAACAUUUUUACAACUGGUUUAAGUUGCAUUCGCCAGAAAUUGUGAUAACAAGUUAUUUAAAAUAAUUGUACUAUGUUA